AUGUGCAGAAUGGGGAGUGCUGGAAGAACUGAUUAUGGUGAGUACACUUAUGAGAAUCUUGAGAGAGAGCCUUACUGGCCAUCAGAGAAGCUUAAGAUUUCUAUCACUGGGGCUGGGGGUUUUAUUGCAUCACACAUAGCUCGGCGCCUCAAGACGGAGGGGCAUUACAUUAUUGCUUCCGACUGGAAGAAAAAUGAGCACAUGACUGAGGACAUGUUCUGUGAUGAAUUCCAUCUUGUUGAUCUCAGGGUCAUGGAUAACUGCCUGAAGGUUACUGAGGGGGUUGAUCAUGUUUUCAAUCUGGCUGCAGACAUGGGUGGGAUGGGCUUUAUUCAGUCUAAUCACUCUGUCAUUAUGUACAACAACACAAUGAUUAGCUUCAACAUGAUUGAGGCUGCCAGGAUUAACGGCAUUAAGCGGUUUUUUUAUGCCUCUAGUGCUUGUAUCUACCCUGAGUUUAAACAGUUGGAAACCAAUGUGAGCUUGAAGGAGUCUGAUGCAUGGCCAGCUGAGCCACAAGAUGCAUAUGGGCUGGAGAAGCUUGCAACUGAGGAGUUAUGCAAGCACUAUAACAAGGAUUUUGGAAUUGAGUGCCGUAUUGGGAGGUUCCAUAACAUAUAUGGUCCUUUUGGAACUUGGAAAGGGGGAAGGGAGAAGGCUCCUGCUGCUUUUUGUCGGAAGGUAAUCACUUCCACUGAUAGAUUUGAGAUGUGGGGAGAUGGAUUGCAAACACGAUCAUUUACCUUCAUUGAUGAGUGUGUUGAAGGUGUGCUUAGAUUGACAAAAUCUGACUUCCGUGAGCCAGUGAAUAUUGGAAGUGAUGAGAUGGUUAGCAUGAAUGAGAUGGCAGAGAUUAUUCUUGGCUUUGAGAGCAAGAAUAUUCCUAUUCAUCACAUUCCUGGCCCCGAGGGUGUUCGAGGGCGGAAUUCAGACAAUACACUGAUAAAAGAAAAACUUGGUUGGGCUCCUACUAUGAAGUUGAAGGACGGGUUGAGGAUCACAUACUUCUGGAUUAAGGAGCAGAUUGAGAAGGAGAAGGCUCAAGGUAUUGAUAUAUCAGUGUAUGGGUCUUCCAAAGUGGUGCAGACUCAGGCCCCAGUUCAACUAGGCUCACUUCGGGCAGCAGAUGGCAAAGAAUGA